GAAGACGCCGUAGAAGAAGAGUUGGUAUUGUAAACAGAAGGAUAUGGCUGACGAGAGGGGUGGAGGUGAAGACAACAUUAACGACAACAUGGGAAACCAGAUACAGCUCUUACCAGACAAUGAGGAAGAGGAGGAGGAGGAGGAGGAGGAUGACAUGGAGACUGAGGACAGAGACAGUGAAGAGGCAGAGAAGCCCAACACUAUCACCUUUGACCCCAGUCUUCCCACCUCUCAUGCUUAUUUGGGUUCAGACAUGGAGGAGUUUCAUGGCCGCACAGUCCACGAUGACGACAGCUGUCAGACUAUUCCUGUACUGCCACACACAGCUGUGAUGUUGGUUCCAGGUCAGACGCUGCCUCUGCAGCUUUUCAGGCCACAGGAGGUCAGCAUGAUGCGGAGCGUCAUCCAGAGAGACCGCACUUUUGCUGUGCUUGCACAUAGUGAUGCUGGUGACCCGGAGGCAGAGUUCGGGACAACAGCUGAGAUCUACGCGUACCGAGAGGAGGUGGAAUAUGGCAUUGAAACAGUUAAAGUGAAAGCUGUAGGAAGACAGAGGUUCAAGGUUCAUGAGAUAAGAACUCAAGCAGACGGGAUCAGACAGGCUAAAGUACAGAUUCUUCCAGAACGAAUCCUCCCAGAUCCCCUGUCAGCGGUCCAGCUGACGUCCCUGUCCAGACUCCCCGUGCAGCCCUCGUCUAAAGCCCCGACUCAGAGCUUCAAACAGGCUCAGUGCUGGUGGAGUAACUAUCAACAGAGGAAGUUUCACUGUGCCAGUGUGACUCCAUGGCCACCAUGGGUCUACGCUCUCUAUGACUCAGAGUCACUUAUGAACAGAGUAAAGAAACAGCUUCACGAAUGGGACGAGAACCUGAAGGAAGAUUCUCUCCCAACAAAUGCCGUAGACUUCUCCUACAGAGUGGCGGCCUGUCUGCCCAUAGACGACGCUCUGCGGCUCCAGCUGCUGAAGAUCGGCAGUGCCAUCCAGAGACUCCGAUGUGAGCUCGACAUCAUGGACCGGUGCACUUCACUGUGCUGUAAGCAGUGCCAGGACACGGAGAUCACCACGAAAAAUGAGAUCUUCAGUUUGUCUUUGUAUGGCCCCAUGGCGGCAUACGUCAAUCCCCACGGAUACGUUCACGAAACCUUGACUGUCUACAAAGCCAACAACCUCAACCUGGUUGGCAGGCCUUCCACACUGCACAGCUGGUUUCCAGGUUACGCUUGGACAAUCGCUCAGUGUCGAACCUGCGGAUCUCACAUGGGUUGGAAGUUCACAGCCACCAAGAAGGACUUGUCGCCGCCUCGUUUCUGGGGUCUGACUCGUUCUGCCAUGCUUCCCCGUAUCCCCCAGGGCGAAGGUGAGGGCGAGGAGGCGAGGGAAGGCUCGCGUCUCUUCUGCCUGUGACGUCGGACCAUCCUCUCUGUCGUUUAAAAACCCUGCAAACCCCCAAGCCUGGAUCUUCAGUCAGUCUGAGCCGUGAUUACAUUUAGUAAUCAAUGCAUCGCACACCACUUGUCACCCCUGGCAGCGAAUUCAUCAUAUUAGUGAAAAGGUCACUGGGUCUUUAAAUGGCAUUCUAACAGCAAAGUAAAAAGGAUACAGGUAGUGAUUUCUUAAGGGCUUGUUAAAAGUCGAAGACGACGUGGACAUGACAAGAAAGAUGUAAUAGAAUCUUUGGCAUGUGGUCGUCCUAGCAUGCAGCUCCCUAAUCUGCACCCCUGUUCAGCUGUUGUUCUCAUGGUCACUGCAAAUACUCAGAAACACAAAUUACCGCUUAAUGCACAGUGCUGUUGUCCCUUGACUCCUUUCCUCUGUAUGAUGGAGAAUGUGACUGAAUGCAGACAUGAGAUUGAAUGAGAAUCGCACUGAUGUUUGUGUAGAUCUUUUAUGACGGGGGGUUAUUUUGAACCCCGGAAUUAAAUUGGAUGUAUUUUUUUACGAAAGAAGAUUGGAAGUGAAAACAAAAUGCUAAGCCGUGCGUGGAGAUCACAAUCAUCAUCACACCAGUUUUUGUGCAAUUAACAAAAUUACAAUAAGUAUGGAUAAUAAACCUCAUUUAAACAGCGUUUGGUCAGGUGAUGAGUUUCAGUGUUGAUAAGCUUUAUCUCUAGAAGCUCCAGAAAAUAACAGACGUCUUGGUGCCUAAAGGCGUUUUUCUUUUUCUUUUUUUCCCUAAAGGUCAGAGGGCGGGUUAGGAGAGCUUUAUCAUCUUCAUUUUGAUUCACUUGUGUAGCAUGUUAACAUGGUGUGCCUACAGUCCAGCUCAGUGUCUUUGAUAGGUUUGAAAUGUAAGUGGAUGAAAGAUUAUCAGGGUUUAUUUCAGUGUUGCAGUUUUUCAUAGGUUUCAGGAUUUUAAUUCUUGCGAUUUUUGUUGCAAGGUGCUGGUUCGCGUUUGUAUAAAUGUAACUGUAAAUAAGAGGCAGUUAUGGAAUUUGUUGUGUAAUAUAACUGUUGAUCUACAGUUUGUAGAAUCUAACUCUUAUUCAUGUCUGAAUUGUCAAAAAAAAAGUCAGUAAUUAGGCAGUUUCUUCAAGUGGGAAAACUUUCAAUUAAAAUAUUCUCAUGGAUUAUCAUUGAGGCCAAAGCACGAUGUCACAUGGGUUAUACAGUUAACUCACAUAGACUUUGUUUAGAAUUAACUGUCAUAUUACUCUUAAAUAUCUUAAAAUGUGAGCUUCCUCAGAUAUUUGUUUAGAUUACUUACAGUUUUCUGUCUCACAACAUAUCACAUCAUAUUAUUUCGUCAAGUUGAACCAGUCCAGUGACUUUACCAGCCUAAGAAUAACUCAUCGUCUCUCAGAUCCUGCUCUAAAACCUUUUGAUCCUUUUCUUUGUAACAGCAGAGUUUCAUCAUUUGCCAGGUUUCCACCCUUUCAUGUAACAGUAAUAAAAUUAAGGAUGCGUCAUUCAAGAAAAUUGAUGAUGUGACUCCAGAGAAGGCCUUUGCUUGUUUUUUCAUGUCAUUUUGUGAAACACAGAAAAAUAAACAUCCAGUUAUGAUAUCGCUUU